ACAAAGGCACAUUUGCCCGUCAUUUCAGCCGACAAAAUGUCGCUUUGAACCACGGUCUUCAAAUCGCAGUGACCGUUCCCGAUCAGAAUAUCACCGAUGGCACCCGAUGUGGUGGCAUCGGCACGAAGAGGUAGGCUCUAGAUUUCUAAUAUUUGAAUCAUUCUGAUGUGAGUUUUUGAUCUGCUGACACGUGAUGAUGCGUUCUUCUCAAGACUCGACUACAUGUAUGGCUCUUUCCGGAGUUAUAUGCGGAUACCUCAUGUAAAUGGCACGGUCGCUGCCAUGUAUAUUUAUAAUACCAAAGGGGAGAUCGACAUUGAAAUGUUAAGCGCCGUAAAACCGCCUCAAGCCUAUUUUGCCAUCCAUCCGGGCCUCACCGAACACGGUAGAGCCUCCAGCUUGACCCAUCACAAUCAUAUCCUUGGAUAUGAUCCGACAUCCGAUUUCCAUGAAUAUCGUAUUGACUGGUUGCCUAACCUUGCAGUGUUCUACAUUGAUGGACAAGAAAUUCGGCGCAUGAAUACCAAUGUCCCCAACACCAUAGGUCGCCUCAUGUUCAGUCACUGGACAGAUGGUAACGCGAAUUUCAGCAAAGGUCCGCCCAAGGAGACGGCGGUGUUGGAAGUCGCCAAUGUGUCAGUUUUAUUUAAACAAGCCGUACACCCGCUGUGCAAUGGAUGCCGCCUGCCACCGGAGGUCGCCCUCUUACAUUGAGCGACUUUCGUCAG